UCACAAACCUCCCACUCUCUAGCCUCACUCUUUCCACGCGCCAGGCCUCACCACCACCGACCUAUAGGCCCCCAACACCACCACCUACAACCCUUGGCCAAGUUUUACGCCUCUCCCCUCUGAAAUCCAGCACCACGACGUAUCUGGACCUGUGCUCACACCCUCCCCUAGCACCGCCGCGCAUACCGACGCCUACCUUCGAACUCACGCCGCUUGUGUGCCCGACGUGCUCGAGCAGGCAUUCUGCGCAGCUGUUCGACCGCAGGGGCCAGCGGCGCGCCGCUGUUUGCGGGGCCUGCUUCACGCGCUGGGUUGAGGACGAGGCGGGGAAGAGACAGAGUGCCGAUCUGACAAGCUUUCCGAGGCUGAUGGAGGAGGUCGAGGACGAGGACGAGGACGAGGACGAGCAGGAGGAUGGAGGGGCGGCGAGCGAGAUGGAGGUCGAAGGAGGCUUGUCUGGGAGCUUGGGACGGGUGUUUGGCGCCGGAAUCUCAGUAUUCAAGAAAAGCGGGAGACGGAGGGAUAGCGUCUUGAGCGAGGGAACGGCUGGCAGCGAAGAGUGAGGGUCGAUGGACAUUGGGGUCGGAUGGAUGGAGUUCGAGGCCUGUACCUAGGGUGGUUCGCUGAAGCUUCUGGCCGGCGACGAAACACCAGAAAGUGUUGUAAAAGUGUGACUUGAUAGAAUUGGAUUUCACCGUA